GGAGAGAGGGCAGGCCACAAAAAAGAAAUGAAUCAACUAAUUAAUAAUUAUAGUUUUAUAUUAAUAUUAAUAAUUAGCUAGCCAGUCGCCCGUGGUAUUACACAAAUUAUACUCAACAAAUACUCGCAGCGAAGAAAAGAAAGCUGCCAUCUCUGUUGUAGAUGAAGAGAUAGAUAGAGAGAGAGAGAUUUGGAGAAGAUACAAAAAGGAAAAAGAGGAAUCGGAGAGGAAGACAGAAAGAGAUGUCAGACCUCGACAGGCAAAUUGAGCAACUGAAGAAGUGCGAGCCAUUGAAGGAAUCGGAAGUGAAAGCACUUUGCCUCAAAGCUAUGGAAAUCCUCGUCGAAGAGAGCAACGUUCAACGCGUCGAUGCUCCCGUCACUAUAUGUGGUGAUAUUCAUGGGCAGUUUUAUGACAUGAAAGAGCUUUUCAAAGUAGGAGGGGAUUGCCCAAAGACUAACUACUUGUUUCUUGGAGAUUUUGUUGACAGAGGAUUUUACUCCGUUGAGACAUUUCUGCUUCUACUAGCCCUUAAGGUACAUUUUAUUAUUAUCUAUUGGAAUUUAAGGUACUCUGUUGAGACAUGUAUGCUUUUAUUAUUAACAAGGUUCUUUCUCUUACUGAUACACAAAAAUGCUUCUGACAACAUUUUUCAAUUCUAAUUGUGAUGUUGGUAUAUCAGUCUGUCAGCACUGAUUGAGAAUAAGGUUUUUAGUGUCCAUGGUGGUCUCUCUCCUGCCAUAUCAACGUUGGAUCAGAUCCGAACAAUUGAUAGGAAGCAAGAAGUACCUCACGAUGGUGCCAUGUGUGAUCUUCUUUGGUCAGACCCUGAAGAUAUUGUCGAUGGUUGGGGGUUGAGUCCACGUGGUGCCGGUUUUCUAUUUGGUGGCAGUGUGGUCACUUCUUUCACCCACUCAAACAAUAUUGAUUACAUAUGCCGUGCUCAUCAGCUGGUGAUGGAGGGGUAUAAGUGGAUGUUCAGGAACCAAAUAGUCACUGUCUGGUCGGCUCCAAACUACUGUUACAGAUGUGGUAACGUUGCUGCAAUCCUUGAGCUGGAUGAGAAUCUUAACAAGCAGUUUCGCGUGUUUGAUGCUGCUCCACAGGAAUCAAGAGGCGCACCUUCCAAAAAACCAGCACCCGAUUACUUCUUAUGAUAUCCGAUUACAUGAAGUUUCAUCACCUGAGACAAGUGAAUUGAUGCUGGAGAAAAUUUAUGGUGAAGAAAUCUCAGACACAGGGAGAAAUUAUUGGGAAGGUUACCCAAUGAUCAACUCUUGAAAUAAUCAGCAAGAGUUGUACUUUUUUUUUUCUCGCUUGGAUCGUUGGGGUUUGCCUUUCUUUUGCGUCGUUAAAUUUCACCUUUUUUUUUUCUUUUUUCUUUUUUUUAUGUCAGUGUAACAGUAACUAUCCCAUGCAAUGUGUGACUGGGUCAUGGAAUGUGGGACCCCCUUCCUUCAUUUGCCAGGAUAGCAGGGUCAGUGGGUCUUGCAAAAGAAGGUUGCUACACUUGGAUUGCAUGUGAAGGCAAAUAUGAGUUUGGGGGGAAAAAAAAAAGGAAAGCAAGGAAACUAUUCCGGUGAACAUUUAUUGAAGAUUUUUAAACAGGACCUGACUAGUUCUCAUGUGUGCGUGUUUUUAUUUAUUGUGAGGUGACAAAAUUAAAGAGUGAUCAGUAUUGAUGAAAA